GAGAGAGAGAGAGAGAGAGAGAGAGAGAGAGAGAGAGAGAGAGAGAGGCGGCAUAUAGGACGGGCAUCAGGCGGUGGUUUGGCUGCAGACUGGUCGGGAUCCGUGUCGCCGCUUCAGACGCAUCAGGUCCAUCAGAGAGUCACUGAAUACUGAGGGGGAACUCGAGAAGGAUCAAGACACCCAGAGAUCUCAGGCUUGGUGGCUACAUGCUCAGUUCUCUUUGGUUUUGAGAUAAACAUCUAUACGAAUCAGCAGGAAUCAUGGAUUUUGUAAUGAAACAAGCUUUAGGUGGGGCCACCAAAGACAUGGGCAAGAUGCUGGGUGGGGAGGAGGAGAAGGACCCGGAUGCAGCCAAGAAGGAGGAAGAGCGACAGGAGGCCCUGAGGCAGCAAGAGGAGGAGAGGAAGGCCAAACAUGCCCGCAUGGAGGCAGAGAGGGAAAAAGUACGGCAGACCAUCAGGGACAAGUACGGGCUGAAGAAGAAGGAGGAGAAAGAGGCGGAGGAGAAAGCGGCCAUGGAGCAGGCCUGCGAGGGGUCGCUGACACGCCCGAAGAAGGCGAUCCCGCGGGGCUGCGGAGACGACGACGAAGAGGACGAGGAGAGCAUCCUUGAUACUGUCCUCAAGUUUCUGCCCGGACCUCUACAGGACAUGUUCAAAAAGUAAAAAAAAAAAACAAACAAAACAAAUCAAACGAACCCUAAAUUCAGGGUCCAGUCUGGCCUGGGCCAGGCUGUGGGGCAAAGGGAGGCGGGGAUCUUUGCGUUGGGGACUUUGGGUGGAGUAAAGUGUUGCAGGUUUGGGGAAAUGAGCGACUGAGGGGGAUAGGUUUGGGUGUUUUUACAGGUUUGAGUGUAGAUCAGGAGGAUUGGGGAGGGGGGGUUCUUGCCAAACUGUUAGAGGCUACACACUGCCUUUCUAGAAAUCUUUUACUUUGUUCUUUUCUACUCCUUGACGAUUGCGUCAUCCUCUCCCUUUUUAUUUGCCACAGUUGCUGUACAACCUUUCAACUGCCACUUAGCACAUUUCUUACAAUUGGUAUGUUUUUUGUCCUUUUCCUGUUGUUUUUUUUUUUUUACACAGACUGAGGUCAGACAUUUUGAUCGGUUGGCCAUCAUCUGUUGCCAGGCAAUGAUGAGCAACGGAGACCAGUAUUCCCUUAAAGAAGGGCAGCGGACGCUUCUGUCCUCUCGCUUCUGUGGUUUUUCAAAUGGCACUGCCACCAUGUUUUCCAGUAGAUGGAGCAUGUUCUGUUUACUUCAGUGGGUGUUUUCUACUUUUAUGAACCUGGUGUAGGUCUUUAUAUUAAAAAAACAAAAAAAAAAAUCAGUUUGAGUUUUUAGGACAUGUGCCUUCAUAUCAUCUCCUCCAGCAGAGGAAUUGUAAAUGAGGGUUUCAUUUUCAGUCAAACAGGUGCAAAGUUGUUGGUAGCAUGUUGGCACGGGUUCAAGGGUACAACACUGGAUGCUUUUGAAUAAUGCAUUUGAUAUGAAGUUUGUUAGUUGGGAUAUUUGGGGCUUUCCAGAAACAAGUGAUCAAACUAAGUAGUAAUCCAAGACCAAGAGCCUUCACAGUCCACAAAGCUAUUAAAAAACUUCCAGUGUUACCUUCACAAAAGCUAGACUCAUUCUAAGCUUUUUAGCUAGUUAGACGGCCAUCAUCCUGGAAAAGUAAAAUGUGAGGUUUUGAACGUGUGACAAAUUCAUGUCAAGACAGAAUUGUCAAUGUUAAAGAUUUUGGAACAGAUUUUAUUUAGUUCAAGGUAUCAUCCAGGCAAGCAAACAAGACUAAUUUGAUCUUGUUUCUAUCACUGCUGUUUUGCCCAGAUUUAAAAAAAAAUUAAAAAGUAGUGUGGUCCCUAUAGACAAUCAAAACACUGACAACUUGGAAAUAGUGGGAGUAGCCAGUACUGUACACGUUGACAUUUCCUGUCAUUCCAUCUAUGGUAAAAAGUGGUUAAAAGUGGGUUCUUGAUUGCUAUUAAGUGUUAUUUAAACUUAUUUAUUUACAUUUUUUUUUCUUUUUUUCUUCUUCACACAUGAAUGCAAAUGCCAGGCAAUGUCUGGCUGUUUCUUUUUUACUUAACUGAAUUACUGACAUUACUUUUUGUGAAUGUGCUGCCAGUUUAUUUUAAUGCAACUGAAAUAGUGAUCCAGUUCACAGUCUUGCAUUCACAUUCUAGUUAACCUUUUGCAGCUCAUCUUUGAAUGCUUAUGUUCACCUUGAUUGAAGUUCAUCCACAUUGAGACCAAAGAAAUACUGGUGAGACCUUACUAUUUCUUUUGUCACCGCCGAGACGAAGACUUGCAUGCCAAACCUGUAAGCCUGCAGGAGAAACACAGCAGCCUGUUCAGCGUGUGCAUGCAUCCCAAAGACCACCACUAAAUCGAUACUCUCCUAUAUCCUCCUGUUUUCCAAAAGUAUUCCAUGACUAAUAAAACUAGAUAAUUAAACUGUAGACUGAGCCUGAGAAAACUGGUGUGAGUCGUCGCAUCUCACUGCCUGAAGAGCUCCCUUAGAGCCGAGUAUAUUCUGCAUCCUGCAUCUCUUAAUCCAAUGAAAUAUCAUAGUGAUUUGUCAUAUAGACUUUAAAUAGAUGUAUUGUAAAUGGACACAAUCUAUAUUUAGUGAAACUACCUUAAAUAUAUGGACAUUUAUUGGUAAAAACAAAGCAUGUUCCUAAAUGAGCCGGUGGCUUUUCAGUGGUUAGUUAUGCGACGAUGUACAGUGAAUACAUUGUUCCAUGAGUUUGUAACUUAACAUAACAUUUCGGAUUAAUAAUGAUGAAGUUGUCAUAAGCACUAUGAAAGCAUUUUUAUUUUUUAUUUUUCCUUUUCUAGCUCAGAUAGGACUUUUCACUAGACAAAGCCAUAUUGUUUAGAUUGCAAUAAUACUAAAAACGAUAAAAAGAGAAUAAUUCAGCAUUGAAAGUCAAGUGUCUCAUGUUUGUUUUCUGUAAAAUUAGAAAAAAAGAUAUUUGCAUAUCUGUUUGUAAAUCCUCGCCAUUCUUGUAUCUUUAAAGUUGUAUACUAAUGUAUACACAUAUGUAGAAAAAAAAAGCCAUUGUUCUUACUGUCUCUGUGUACUACAUGUGUACUGUAAGUGUGUGUUUAUAUGUGUGUCUUUCUACGUGUCUGUGAUGUGGGACCAUGUCGCCGUUGAUUCAUAUAGUCCUGGUUUAUACUACGUAAAUGUGUCUUUGAACUAUUUUGUGCACAGGCAGAAGCUGGGGCAGCUUCCCAGUUGUGCCAUGUCUGAAAAAAAUACUUAACACAUUCCUUUCAAAUGUUGAGCAUGCAAAUGUUUGGUAGAGAUGAGAAUACACCAAAUGUCAAAAGACAAAAAAAACAGACAAUUUCCUGUUUCUGUAGGAGUCUCCAGGCAACAGAAUACGUGCAUUGGAUCCAGAAAGAUUGGCUGUGCGAUGGAGUUGUUGAGUGUUCAGUGUUCUUUGUUGUCUGAGGUUUGGUGAAGCUUAAGGCCGUGAUCAAAGUGUUAUUCAGCUGAGACACAAAAAUCAUCCAUGAGUGUCGCUGACAAAAAACCUAAGCUGUCUCUGUUCUACAUUAUCCACCGUAUUCCUAGCUAUUAUGAUACUUUGUGCGAAUUAUGAGUGUGACUAGAAGCAUGUCGUUUCACUUAACUGGAACCAGCAUUCACUAUAGUAACAGGACGCUUAUACUUGUUUUAGAGUGAGUGAAUGCGCAUUAUUCAAUAUUGAAAAUCAACCUAGGCGACUUUAGCGAGGGGAUACUACUACAGUUAUUGUCAUUAGUUAGCCCACCUGGGUAUCACUUCUUAAGCCUCACAAGUACCGCCAGUUGGUCAACAACAGCUGCAGUCCAUUGUCAAUAUCUACACUGUUUCGCUUGAGUCAUGUUACUGACACAUUGAAUAUCGUUCUCAAAAUGACGUGACUGUUGCAGCACACCAGAGAUAGGCUGCACCAUACGCUCGGUUAGGCUCAGGCAAGAAAACUACUUGGUUAGGGUUGGGAAAACUUUGUGGUUUGGGUUAAAUAACUAUCUUCAAUAACUUCAGUCAUGACUUGACUUUUGGUUUCAUAGUCUCCUAAAUGAAAGUCCCGUUCAUCUACUUCACCUGACUUCUUCCUUUCCUGCUGUAAUAAUUAUCACAGCCCUGAGAGGUCUCCACCAAACAAGGUCCAUGAAUAUAGGUCGUUAUAAGUUGCUUUCACAGUCAUGCAUUUAAUGACCGGAGACUUCGCCAGUCACAUGUUGGUUCUAAUUAAUUUGAUUGAAACACAUGAUUUGGCUUGAAGUGAUCACGGCCUUAAGACAACUCUGAAAAUCAUGGAAGGCUUUGGAAAAGAAAACGGGAACGUGCAAUUUGAGAAAACAUAAGUAUAGAUACUGUAACUAAAUUAUUAGCUUGCUAACCCAUGUGUAGUGCUAAACACUCAUUUUUCAUUUCAAUGUAAAAUACGUCAUGCAAAUUGUCUCUAUAUAAGAGACCAACCUGCAGAGAGAUUUAUUUUAACGCUGUCGCUUUUCUCAUUAUCAUAAACUAACCACCCAUGUUAGAAUAUUGCAUGAGUGUCAGCCACAUAGAUUGCAAUUGUUGAAGUGAGGAAAUUCAGACAGAUUUUAGUGCAGUGUGCUUUGUUUGCGUUGGCUGAAGAGAAUCACCAUGAUUUAUUUUAUUGAUGACUUUAACACAGGGAUUUCUACAGUUCCUCCUGCCAGGUGCCAGGCCAAUUUCACCUACAGCGUGUGGAUUAAGUUUAUUCAUUCUUGAUAUCCAGAGCGGAUAGGAAGAGGUGGGACAUAAAUCCUGGACUAGGCUUUAUUCACGGGCCCUUCAUGGAAACUACAGCCAUACACCCUCCGUAUGUAAAAUAGUCUCUCAGUGGGACUCGUCUCAAGGCGUCACAGCAUGUGAACCGCCUUUCAAAAGGGCUAUUACCAUGUCAUCUAUAUGUGAGGUUAGUGGUAACUCAUCUGUCACAUCUGUGAAGUGUGGUUGUUUUAAUUCAUUCUGGUUGCAUGAGAUAGUUCAGUGUGGAAAAUUGUGUUUGUAGAGCCACUGUGGCUUUUCAGUUGAGAUAAAUCCAUGAGUUGUUAGAUAAUAGUGUAAAAGCAGGGGGUAUAAACAUUGAGUAUCAUAUUAGAUGUAAUAAAUAAACUGUAUAUUUUGCCAACACAGAAUUAGAUGUGGGUGAAUGAGAGAGAUGAAGUGUAGAUUUUGACAUGAAAAGCCUCAAAGACAUUAAACAACUACAUCAAAUCCGGGCUGGUGUUACUCUAAAACGUCUUAAUGUUACCAUGAAUGGGAUGGUUUUAGGGGAGGCCGAGUCUGAAGAGAUAGCAACCUGGAUUAUCAAAGCAUCUUCUGUUGUCAGGAGCCCAGAAACACUCUUUAAACUGGCUUUGCUUGGAGCUGCCAUUCAAAAACACCAGUACACCUUCCGCCUAAAAUAGCAAAGAUUCUCCAUUAGGUUUGGUGAUAUUUCUCAUGACUAUGUAUCAACACAAAAUCAUUUUUACUGGCAGUGUCAAAAGACAUGCCAUCAAUGUUUACUUCUUGAAUAUAACUGUUAGAAAUGCAAAGAGCGACUGAAAUGGCGAUUUUGGAAUAAAAACUUUCCUUUAAAUGUUAUCGUUCAGCUCCAAACAAGGCUGGACUUUUCUGAACACUAUAAUGAUGUCAUAACUUUUUUCGUAACAUUUUUACGUACACUUACAAAUAUUGUUGUAACUGCCCUGCUGAUUCCUGCCAAUAAACCAAGAAGAGAAAGUGUCUUUCUCACCCCAGUUGCCAGAAUUAAAUGUUGUCAGCUCACCAAGGAUAAGUUCACAUUUCUAUGAAUUAUACUUAGGCUACCAUAUUGCAAUUGCAACAAAAUGUAUCAUAGUCACAUUACAUGUCUAUGACCUGGAUGAUGUCGGAGUUUGGCAUAGAUUUUUCAAUAUUUGUAUGCAAGAGACCACUGUAUACUUUUAAGGUGAUCUCUAACAAUUUCCAGAUGCAUUUGUGGUUGCAAAAAAGCACUUCAAACCAAACCAUGAUCUUUUCCUAACCCUAACCAGGUGUUUUCGUGUGCCUAAACCUAACCACACAAUAAGCAUAGUUUUGUCAACGUAAGAAUUAAAAAUCUGAACCUGAAGAAAUGUAAAGUUGCAACAUAUCUGUGGUUUGCAGAAACGUGGCAACAUUUAUUCUGGUAAUUAGCUGGGUGAAUCUUACAGAGAAGCUCAUCUUAUCAUGUUGUUUACGUUCUCUCUAGUAGAGGUCCAGGAUUUGGUGAGCUCUCGUUAGUUGUGAGCACAAGUUACUGUGAAGAGAAACUCUCUGAAAACAUUCCAGUCGUCUUGGCAUUUGCACUAGAAUACGUUGAAAUGUUACACUAACAAUGGUUAUGGCAUCGUUAAGAAUCAACUCUUGUAACUACGUGUAUAAUUUUUUUUUUGUUUUUCUCUCCUCCAAACGGUAAAGUUGAAAGGUAAAAUAUGUAACUGCCUCCAUAGUGACUGAAGUAUAAUACAUGGCAGCGAUCCCUUUAGUAUGGCUAUUUUGGCCAACCAACAAAAUUGGUGUGCACAGGUUUGCUGAUGAUGUGACCUUGUCUUGCACUAGCUCUCUUCACUGUCCCAUGAGGCAGCUGGAGACCCCAUGUGGAAGCGGCUGGAAUUGACAUAGUAAGCAGCCAAGAUUGUGAAAACAAAGAAUGGAUGAAAAAGGGGAUACAAUUACAGAGAAAAGGGAUUAAAAAGG